GCUCACCUGCCAUCUGCUCAACAGAAGUAGGUUUCGUAUCACAUCGGAAUGUAUCUGAACAACAACAGCAUGGCAGAUUCUGUGCAUAAAUAGAGCCAUCUGCUCAUCUCUGAUCGAUCAUACCAUCACCACCACCAUCACCAUCCAGAGCAAUCGAACACCAGCAAAAUGCGCUUCACUAUCCCCCUCGUCCUCUUAUUCGCCUCCCUGGCCAUCGCAGCUCCUGCUGCCGAGGCAGACAACGACGCCGAUAUUGCUGUGGCCGAUGAGGAGCCCGCUCCUGUUGAUGUGCAGGCCUGUCGUAAGGGAUACAGACAGUGCCUUGAUAAUUGCAACCGUCACCAUGGCGGUAACAAGUGCUACCGGGCUUGCUAUGUUCACUAUUGCCAGUGA